AAAAUAAGAAACUCAUUGGCACUUAUAUUCUAAACAAGAAAUAACAUUUAAAUAUGUAAUUUUAGUCGUUUAAAAUAUUUUAUUUUACAAUUGCAGCAAACUCAGAUGGAAAGCCUAUUUUAGUUUUGCAUAAAAUUUUCGUAUUGAAUGUAUUCGUAAAUGUCCGGAAUUUGUUCGUAGAUUUUCGACAUUAGACUACAACUUAGUUGGAUUGCGCAUUUCUCAACAGCGAUCAGUCUAUUUUUGGGGGGAAUUCCCGUUUUUGUGGCAAUGACUCUGAGUGAGUUCAGUGUUUCCCGAGAUCUUAUGUUUUUGUCCUUUAUACAUAAUUCUAUAAUAUUUCAUUUAUGUUGGUAACAGAUAACACACACCAGGACAUGAAAUGGGAGUUGAGUAAUGGAGCUACAUGACGACGACAUCAGCAUCUUACACGAACUAGAAAGCAGCAGCAACGACGACGUCGAUGGCUAUUUUAACGUGUCCCACUCGUGCGUGCCGCAACACAUCCUUCCGUCUACCGCGCCUCGCAGCAGCACCGCCCUGUACGCCCUGCAGACGGCCUACUCCGAUCUGAAGAACCGUUACAAUGAACUCGCUGUGAGAAACCACUCCCUGGCGCGUACGCUGAGAGACGUCAAGAAGCUGCACACCUCGGGAAUGUCGUCUCCUAGCAACGACGGCGACUUGCCCCCGAUUAGCUACAACUCGCAAGGCGCCGCCGCCAUGGCGGAGGCGGCCACGUCAUCGGAUCAAAACUCGGACCUGGGCGCCCAGCAGGGAUUCAUCCGAUACCUCCAGAGGGAGCUGCUGAACGCCCAGACCCAGUUGCACAAGUUUGAUUCGGUAAAGGCUUCGUACAGCAACAAUCUGGAGAAGAUGCAGACCAAGUACAAGCAAGUCGUGGAAGAGGACAACAGAAAGGGGAAGGAAAUCGCGAUACUGCAGCAAAGACUCGGAGAGCUGGAGGCGGAGAACCAGACGCUGAAGGAACAGCUGGACGAUUGUCAGCGCCAGCUGCACGAAGCGGAGAUAAAGAUCAGUCAAGGUCCAGUCGACGCACAGCCACGACAACGAAACGAAGCUGGCCGCGAAGGUGAAGCAGCUGGAAGAGGAGUGCGCACGCAUGCGCAUGGACGGCGAGAUUGCGCGGUCGUCGAUGCGGAGAAAGACCGAGAAAUAGACGACCUUCAGGGUAAGGUCGUCGAACUGGAGACGGAGUACAAAGAUCAAGUGGAAUCGCUGUCCCUGGCGUCCAUCCCCGCCAACGAGGAGCUGAUGCAGUUGAAGAAGGUCAUCAGGGGCCUCAAGGAAACGGUCCACCAACAGAAUGCUUUUCUUACAAAGUUUGUUCGGGCUUCCAGCUUAUUCGAGCCAGCAGCCACCAACCCCUCGAAACGACCAGCCACCAGACCGGCCGCCAUGAUCCGUGAUGAGCUCCACAUUGGGCGUCAAGCUGGCGGCAGAUCCAUUUCGGACGGCAGUAUUAUGGUAGACAGUCCACUGCUGAAAGUCAGUUUGCCACCAACGGCACACGUAGUCCAGCAAGCAGCGAUACCGUUUGUGGCGUCGUCAUCACCAGCACGACAGCACGUGCCUGAAGAGACGCAGUCUGAAGUGUUCAGCAGCAGCAGCAGCAGACGACUCUCACCGAGGCCACAGACAGAGCACAGUAGAAGUCAGGGGGACCUUUAUCAAUUAGAGGCCCACGGUCGGGUCGGAUUCGCGGCCGACCUUUUGUCGGAGGAAAAUUUUUUAGUUAGUUCAUACGACAACACACCAGUGAGACAGAACGUUGUUCCUGGGUUGCCACAGCAACCAAAUGUUGCAGGUUACGUUUCCCCAAAGCGACAAAAUGUGACGGGGCAAAAUAUGCUGCAGCGGCAAAACGGUUCAGGAUACGAUUUGCUACAGAGACAGAAUGGUUCAGGAUACGAUUUGACACAGAGACAAACUGGUUCAGGAUACGAUUUGACACAGAGACAAACUGGUUCAGGAUACGAUUUGACACAGCGGCAAAACGGUUCAGGAUACGAUUUGACACAGCAGCCAACUGGUUCUGGAUACGAUUUGUUAAACAGACGUGUUUCCGACCUGGAAAUGAUGUCACCGAGGGGAGGCCCCUCUCGAAUGGAAGACGACGAGAAGGACCGGGACGCGACCUGUGAGAGGAACAACUCGUCGCACGUGUGUCCCGUGUGUUCCGUCGACUUCAACCACUACUCGAUGGACGAGUUUCAGACACACGUCUUCGAGUGCUUCGACGAUUCGGACGCGCCGGAGACGCUACACGCCGAGCAAACGACGACGACGACGACGUCCAGCGGCAGCAAGGACAGGAUCUGUCCCAUGUGCAGCGCCUUGUUCCCGGAGAGCGUGCCGCAGCAGGAGUUCGAAACGCACGUGCAGACCCAUUUCGAAGAUGGAUCUGCGACCGGUUUUGAAGUUAUCCAGACUUAAGGGUGGGUGGCGGGACAAAAAAACGCACCCUCCCCAAGAAACUUGAUGUUUGAUUUAAGACAUCACGUCUUAGGGGAAGAAGACCAGCAGGAUUUCGAAACGCACGUGAAGUCCCAUUUCGAAGAUGGCUCUGCAACAGGGGAAACCACACCAAAAGCAGACCAAGAUCUUGAUGUUUAAUAUAUGAUAUCCAGUCUUGGUGGAAGAAGACCAGCAGGUUUUCGAAACGCACGUGCGACAAGUUUUGAAAUUAUCCAGACUUAGGGGUGAAAAAAACAAGCAAACAACCCAAGAAAAUCUUGAUGUUUGAUUCAUAAUAUCCGGUCUUACAAGAAGAAGACCGUGAUGUUUGAUUUAAGAUAUUCAUUGUUUUGAAUCUGAACGAUUGGUGUCCAGGGUCAGGGGCGGAUCUAGGGGAAAACUUGGGGGAAAAGAGACAUGGACCAACUCCUGGUUCCGCCGCUGGGUCCGCCUCUAUGAGUUUUAACAGUCUCGAUAAACUUCCAGACAUACGAAAUGUGGCCAAUUUUGAGUUUUAAUUCAUAUGAAUCGGAAGCGGGGAUUGGGGUGGUGGUGGGGCAGAAUUAAAGGUGGGUGAGGCAAGAGACGCAAACCCACCACUGAAGAUUAUCCGAUGUGCUGAUUAAUUGUAAGAUAUAUUGGAUUAUCGUUACAGAAUGUGUGAAAUGUUCAGUGCCUCUCUGUGAAAAUGUGUAAUUCGUCAAAACCAUUAUCCGUGAGCUGUCAUUAACUACGACGUUCAAAUUUAGCAGCGGAAUAAUACCCCUUUCCCCCCCAAAAAAAAAAAUAUAUAUAUAUAUAAUAAUAAAUAAUAAUAAUAAUAAUAAUAACUGUACAAUGAACAUUUAAGCUUUGGGUUUUUGGUAUCAUAUUUUCAAACAAAAUUCCCCUACUCGCUAGCAAUAACCUCAGAUAGACAUUAAUUGUUAUUAUUUAUAUGCCUGAUGUUUCUGCUACAUCUUUCUGGCUGUGCAUACAUAGUUUAUAUUAAUUAAGGUUCAGUUAAUAUUUUCUGCAUUUUGUUUUCUUUAAAUGUGGUAAAUAAAAAAACAACAAAACACA